AGAAGAACGUCAGGAGAGCACUUCACGCUGUCACAGAGAGAAUCUCAGCUGGGCUGUCAGAGAGGUUGCAGUGAUGGAACUCGACGACUUUUUUAACUACAGCUAUGAGUACAUGGAGUAUGGCGACUUUGAGAGAACAGAGCAGGGCUACGUCCAGAGACAGGCUUUGCACAUCAUCUCCGUGGUCAUCUACAGCAUCUGCUUUGUGCUGGGCGUCAUUGGGAACGGCAUGGUCAUCUGGGUGAUGGCGUUCAAAAGCAAGCGGACGGUAAACACUGUCUGGCUGCAGAAUCUGGCCGUGGCGGACCUGGUGUUCGUGCUCUUCCUGCCUUUCUCCAUCGACUACGUCCUGCGAGACUUCAACUGGAAGUUCGGCCUGGUCAUGUGCAAGCUGAACUCCUUCGUGUCGAUGAUGAACAUGUACGCCAGCGUGCUGUUCCUGAUGGUGCUCAGCCUGGACCGCUACGUCUCAUUGGUCCACCUGAACUGGUCCCGGAGGCUGCGCACGGUCGGGCGGGCCUGGGCCGUGUGCGGAGGCGUCUGGGGGGUGGCGGCCGCCCUCAGCUCCCCCGCGCUGAUCUUCCGGGACACGGUGCAGCUUCAGGAUGUGGUGGUGUGCUUCAACAACUUCCACGACGAGAACGGGCACACGUUCAUCAUGCGGCACGUGGUCAUGGUGUCCGUGCGCACGGUGGUGGGCUUCCUGGUGCCCUUCAGCGCCAUCAGCGUGAGCGCCGGGCUGAUCAUGUGCCACGCCCGCCGCUCCGACGCGGUCCGCCUGUCCAGCUUCUCCAGGAUGGUCUCGGCCGUAGUGCUGGCCUUCUUCCUGUGCUGGGCGCCCUUCCACGUCUUCAGCCUGAUGGAGCUGACGAUGCACUCGUCGACGCGGCUGCACCACGUACUGCAGACGGGAUUCCCCCUGGCCACCAGCCUCGCCUUCCUCAACAGCUGCAUCAACCCCGUUCUGUAUGUGCUGCUGGGCAAGAAAGUCCGUCGUCUGCUGAAGCAGUCCUGCCUGGACUUCACCAAGAGCUCCCUGCGCGAGCUCAGCCAGUCCUUCUCGGGCACCGAGGCUGUGUCCGCAUCUGUCAGCUCCGCCCCCGAGGAGGACCCCGCACAGACCCCCGUGUGAUCGGACAGGACCGCUUCACAGGCUCGACUUGCCGACUCGCCUGCCGUCCGUCUCACCGGCCUCCGCACAAGCCGUUCGUUGACCAUCUGUCAGUCAUAUCAAAGCUGUUAUGCUCUGAAUUUUGCAGAAAGAAAGAAGCUCGUUUUCUUGCAGUGGGGUAGAAGUGCUUUGCAUUCUUUCAGAAACCCGAUACAAUUUCCAGUGGAGUGUCAACUAUUUCCUGUUUUUUCUUCCUUCUUUUUUUAAUAUUUCCAGCUGGCAUGCAGACAGGAAUGAGUACAAGUUCCACAUGGAAAAACAGCCGUAAGGAGCACACACACCCGCCUUGAAUUGAGUAAUUUCUGGUAGUUUAUACAAUAAUAUGAAGGUGACUCAUUUAUUGCAACAGUACGGGAAAUGAAAAUGUGAUUUUAUUCCUAGGAUUGCUAAUUAAAACAGGAUAGAACCACAUCUUUAACCUCAUGUUGCGAAAUGUUCAUGUUAUGAAAUGUUCAAAUGACUAGACUGCCCGAUCAUGUAUUUAUGUUUCAUAUAUUAAAAAAACACAAAAGAACACACACUUUCAACUAGGCUAACAUAAUACACAGGGAUGAAUUUAGAGUUAUAUCUCUUUUUUUGUCUAAAAAGUCUUGGUUUAACCAGAAUGAAAUUUAGGCUCACGGGUUACACUGGAGAAACUGCAAAGUAUCUUUUUUUGCUGCUAACCCAAGUUCACUCAGAAAGGCAACAGGAAGCUGAAAUGCUUUCAUUCCACACGCCUUGUACAGCAGACACUACAGCUUCUCGCAUGUACUGUAGACUUCCCUCUUGAAGCAUUCCAACCUCAAACACACUACAGCAAAUCACCAGGUUUGUGAAUUGCAGUUGAGGCAAGUCCUACACAAAACAAAUUUUAGAUUUAGAUGCGACUUGAGAACCAAACGCAUAUAAACCUAAAACGUAUUACGUGCUCAUACUCAGAUUACAUAAAUGAGUGAAUUUUUUGCUCCUAUGGACAACCUUUUGCUUCAGUUAAAACAGCACAUGCAGUGCUUGCCAGCAAAGCAUUGUAGUAGUGAAAUAUAUUACGAUAGCUUAGUAUACGACUGAAAUAUGUUAGCUACUAUAUAAAAUUAGAACCGUUGACGUUUCAACAUUGUAACAGAUGAGGUGAUACUAACACCUGCAUUGAAAAUGUCCAACUUUGUUUUGGAUUGCC